GUUAGAUUCGUCCCAGGUUUUGACAACAUUGGAGCAACUUCUAUGCAUACGAAACGAAAAAUAGAAAGUGGUAGCCACAGACGAGACGGGUACUAACAGAGUACAAGGGGCGAGUCGAGUCGAGUCGAGUCGAGUCGAGUCUGCGAAGGAGAUCGGUACAGGAACAAGUAAUAGUACUGCAUUCUUCGACCAUGGUUGUGGACUCAGCGACGCUGUUCUCCACAGAAAAUUUGGAAAAUGCAGGCGACAUUGCCAAGAUGAAAAUGCUUGAGUUAAGAGCAUCGGUCAAGACUGGAGACUGGUCCUUGCGUCUACUGGCUCUUCUGGGUGGUGUGGCCCUGAUAUUCACCGCCGUCUUGGAGUUGGUGUCGAACAUAUUGAAUUUGAACGUGCUCGGAGCGUUAAUCGAAAUUUACGUCAUAUUUCUGGGAAUCAUUGUUCUAGUGUUGGAAGGCAGUCAAAUCUCGCUUCCUCCCAAGUUCCUGCAUACCCUACACAAGUACGCCCUGUUUCUCAAGUACAUUUGGGGCCGAGGACUGCUGUACUUUGUUGCAGGCUCUUUACUGGUGACUGGCAUGCAAUGGAUGGACUACAUUGUUGGUGGAUUCAUGUGUCUGGUGGGGGUUCUAUACGUCUGUGUGGGGCGAUCAACCACAAAUAAACUCAAAGAGAUGCGACAAUCAGAACUUUCGGAACGAACGCUGCGUCAGAGCUUUACCGAAGUCGACCCUGAAGGUACUGGAUUGAUUGGGCUCGACCAAUUCCGUGCUCUGACGAAUAGCAUUGGGCUUGAUAUGAACCGGCGCCAGUCAGAGGCAGCCUUUCUGCAUAUCGAAAAGGUGGAUAACGAUCAAAUCACAUUUGAAGAACUAUACACUUGGUUCAUUUCUUGGGACGAUUCCGAUGCCAUUAGUAGAGCCGGCAAUCAAAUGGGCCCUGACUUUGUCUGAAGAAUCAAACGGAAUACAAACCAUGAAAGCAAUCCACUAGUCACCGUGCUCAGUCUGCCUGCAAACCAAGGCAACCAGUCUUUCGAUUUUCCUUGUAGUAUUCUUUCUUGUUUCUCCCUGCUUGCAACAUAUUCAUCCUUGUUCUUUCUGGUUGACAAGCAAUCCUCUUAGCAGAAUUACAUUAUGUACCUUGAUCACAGCCAGCCCUUUGUGCUGUUGGUCAUGUCACAUGGACAGGCAGCUGUAAACAUAGUACUUAAUCUCUUUGUUUUGGGUUUUUGCCACCUGGAUGGUUUUGUCUACAACGCAGGGGACGAAGUCAUCCUCCAAACUAUAUAGCUAGGCCAUUCGGUACUGGCAGUCACU